UUUUCCCCCCCAGCCGCUUCCCUACUUCGUCUUCCGGACUUACUUCCAGGUUUCCACUCAUGAGCGCUUAGCAAAUUAACCAGCCAUCGCAGCUCCAGAGUUCCAGCUCCCGGGCCGCUCCUCCCUCGCUCGCCGGAGCCUCCAUGGACCGCAGGGACAAGUCCCGUAGGGGCUCGUCGAGCUCGGCGGUGGCGGCGGCGUCCAUGGCCGCGCUCGCCGCCGCCGCGGCGGCUGGCGAGGGCUCGAGCUCCGGCUCCGGCUCGGCCGACGGGGCGCUUCCGCCGCACGCGGAAGAGGAGGAGGACCAGAAGCCCCCCAAGCUUGCGGCCGUGGGAGGCGCCUCUAGCUCCUCCCCGUCCCCGGUGCCGGCGAGGAGGGGCGCGGCGGCGGGCGGCGGGCCGAGGUGCCAGGCGGAGCGGUGCAACGCCGACCUGAACGAGGCGGCGCAGUACAACCGGAGGCACAAGGUGUGCCAGACGCACUCCAAGUCCCCCGUCGUGCUCGUCGCCGGCCUCCGCCAGCGAUUCUGCCAGCAAUGCAGCCGGUUCCACGAGCUGUCGGAGUUCGACGAGAACAAGCGCAGCUGCCGCCUGCGCCUGGCGGGGCACAACGAGCGCCGCCGGAAGAGCGCGGCGGACACGCACGGGCACGGCGGCGGCGGCGGCGGCAGCAGCAACGGUGGCGGCGGCGGCGGCGGCGCUGGCGACGGGUGCCGCCACGCCGACCAGGACGGCCGGGGCCACCAGGGGAACCCGCCGCCGAACCACUUCCAGAUCAGAUAAACCUAUCUACUAAGCAUGCUCUCUCUCUUCUGUCAUGCAGCUAGCUAGCAGCACAUGUAUGUGUCAAUUGUGCGUGCGUGCGUCUACCCUGCUACCCCCCAGUGUCGUGUAUUGCAUUGCUCUACGUGCUAACUUAUUGGCGGCUCACAUCGCCUCCUGUAAUAACGUGACGUGCACCGGCCGGAGGUGUAUGUGCCACAAAACCUAGUUGAUGAUGCUGAUUGUUGUAACCUAACCUGCUGGCAAUUUAAGCAGGAACUGCUAGAGUAAUUGCUGUGUGUGUGUGAGUAUGCAUGGAUUACCGGAUGUGUAAUCCAGUGGCCUGUGCUAAAUCAAACUGUAGUCUGUGCAGGCCGUGUAUUGAUGUUGUGUCCUAGCUCUGAUAAUUGUGGUAACAUUAUGUGCUAUUUAUUCCAGUGGUGUCUUAUUGGUUGGCUCUCA